AUGGCGGAGAGUAUCCGUCGCGCUGCAGAUGGUCUUACUGGCGCUUAUACUGGCCACGAUUUGGGCGUCAAAAUCUACAUUACCACAGUCUUGAGCAUUACCUUGUACAAUGCUCUUGAACUUGUCAUUCUCAUCUUCACGACUUUCAAGAAAUACAAAGGCCUGUAUUUCUGGAGUCUCUUGCUCUCUAGCUCAAUCGGCCUUGUACCAUACGCGCUUGGAUUUCUCCUGAAGCUUUUCCAGCUAUCCGCCCUGUGGCUCUCUCUUACCUUGCUUACUAUCGGCUGGUACUGCAUGGUAACGGGUCAGUCAGUUGUUCUCUAUUCACGGCUUCAUCUGGUGAUGUAUGAUCCAAGAAUACUCGAUCGCGUCUUGGCUCUGAUAAUCAUCGAUGCUAUCAUUUUGCACAUUCCUACAACUGUCUUGACAUAUGGAUCAAAUCUAAAACCCAACAAUCACGAAUUUAUUUCAGGGUUUCUUGUCAUGGAGAAGAUCCAGAUGACAGGAUUUUGCCUGCAGGAGUUUAUUAUCUCAGGUAUAUACAUCUGGGAGACCACCAAAAUGCUACAACUAAACUCAAGCCCAGCCAAGAAGAGACUGUUGCUCGAGUUGUUUCUUAUAAACUCGGUGAUCAGUCUCAUGGAUGUUGGCCUUCUGGUGGUGGAAUACCUGAACCUUUAUGUCAUCGAAGCUACACUCAAAGGCGCCAUCUAUAGUGUGAAACUGAAAUUAGAGUUUGCUGUGUUAGGACGGUUGACCGAUUUCAUCCAGGGUCGCCAUGGAUGGGAUGAAAUUACGUGUGACUUGCCUAAUUCUGGUUAUUCUGGACAAACAUCUGAUCGCCAAGAACCAUCUUGCUAA